AUGAACCUCAACUUCUGCGAAUCCUCCCACAAGUCCGCACGGUGUCUGACACCCGAGGCACAGAUUGGUGCCACUGUGGCAAUGGUGGGAAAUCUCCCACGACCAAAAGACGCGACAAAAAACGAAGGCUCCUCAAGCUUCCAAACGGCCACCUCCCGCAAUAUACGCAAAUUCGCUUUCCGGAUUUAUUUUCACCGAAACAACCUCCGAAUGACGGAAGAAAACGAUAAAACUCAACUUGAAUCUGCUCAGCUCUUGUCAGAUUCACACGCGCGAAUGGCUUUACUUUUGGCAGGAAACACCGCGCCUUCCGCAGCGGAAGUUCAGUACGUUCAAACGCUGCUUAUGGACGGUGAGGCAGAGCUCGCUCAAAUCCGGCGUGCAAAAACUCUGCUCGCGGCGCAAGAGCAAGCGGUACUCGAAAAGACGAAGACGUGGCGCACAAUAUUAUCUCCUAUUCGAAGACUUCCAUCCGAGAUUUUCUCCGAGAUUUUCACAUUCUGGCUCUUUUCGUAUUUGUCGGACCAGCGCCGCAACCCACUCUUUUUGUGCAGCAUCUGUGCACAAUGGCGCAGGAUCGCGUUCAAUACUCCUCGUCUUUGGACCCAUCCGGAUCUUUGCCUUUUGCCCAAAAUAGACACAGACGAUGCCUUGACAAUCAUGGAAAGUUUCUUGUCACGAUCGCAUCCACACUCCCUCAACGUCUCGUUGACGUCGAAGACCCGAGGUAUUCGGGGAAUCCGCCUUCUCCUGCAACCUCUUUUGACCUGUACGGAUCGGCUUUCCGACCUUUCCCUAUGUUUCCCGCGGUCGGCUCUAUACCCGUUCCACAAAAACACGCCUACCCCUCGUUCUUUCCCCAGACUAGAGACGGUCAAAAUCGAUACCAGCUAUUGGGACCCAUCGGAACUGAAAUUUGUAGUCGAUUUUAGCCGUUCUCCUCGACUGCGAAAGGUGACGUUGAGCUGCAAAGACAAGUCUCUGCUAAGCAUGGUUGCUUUUCCAUGGUCACAACUCAAGGAACUAGAUUGCUCCAAUAUAUCCAAUUCGCCAAUCGAGGUUCGACUCAUGCUGUGUCAAUGCUAUUCGUUAGAACGUUGCAGCCUUGGUACCAUACCCGCCUACGAUCCACAGGACGCAGUGCACCUUCCCAUUAGCACCUUACCACACCUUACAUCCUUCUCCGUGGCCAUAGACUACGGUGGCAACGACGAGCGUAGAGCAGCGCCAUUAUUCCAACCGAUCGACAUGCCGGCCCUUGCAGAGCUUGACCUCACCUUCUCCAAUGAGACGGAGCCCUUCGAGAACCCACUCCUUACUCAAUACCUCUACUCUCGCUCAGGAGCGACCUUGACCACCCUACGUCUCGACUCGGUGCUGUUCAACGACGGGGGUGAUGUUGCCCUCGUGCUUCAGACACUACCCGCACUCCGGAUCCUUUCCGCAGACCUUUGCUGGACCGCCAACGAUGGUUUCUUCCACGUCGUUCGAUAUCGUGGCCCUCAAGGUCCUCCACCGGUUUGUCCUCGCUUAGAGGAGCUUCAUCUAUAUGACGGGACGGACGACACAGAUCAUGUUUCAGUUUGGGGGUUGAGCAGUAUGAUAACCUCUCGUUGGUGGUCGGAUGAGGAGAUGGCUGCAACUCAGCCUCCGGUAGCGAGGUGGAAAAAAAUCAGUAUUUCCUGGGAGGGUGCAAAACUGGAUGUCGACGAGGACUCUCGGGCGAUACUCCUUCAGUGUCGUGAACAAGGUUUAACCCUCGAUGUCAACUUUUGA